AUUGGUUAGUAGUGGAUACCACCACAUUUACUUAUUAGCCAAGAAUAGCCGUUGUUGAAGCAUUUGGCAAACCAAACCUUUGAAGGUUUGUUAGGGUUUGUCAAAUUUGUUUUACAACGUUUUUAAUUUCAAAAUUGAUUGCAUUUUGAGGGAUUUGAAACCUUUGAUUGAACGAGGAUCCAAUUGACAAGCUUCAAUUGGCAGGAAACAUAAUCAAUGUGGGGACUUGUUCCAGAUAAAUUUAUAUUAUCAGAGGCAAAGCAAAUAGCAUAUCCUUUUCAGUUGCAUUGUCAUAGUUGAUUAAUUGGAAGAGGUAGCCAGGUAGACACCAUUGGGUGAGAAGUUGUCAAGUGGAGCUUUUGACAACUAAACUUCCUCAGAGAACAUUAGCUGUGUAGAUCCAAAACAAGAAGAAAAUUCAGAAUGAAAGAAAAUUCAGGGAAAAGGAGGAAUGUGUGCCUGGCAGUAACAGGUGGUGUUGUGGUCACAAUUGUGUUGCUAGUUGUGAUCUUAGCACUAACAGUGUUCAAACCACAACACCCCAUUACCAAGGUGGACUCAAUCCAGCUUCAGGACAUGGACAUGAACUUUGACAUGUUCAGAAUGAGGAUAGAUUUGAACGUGACAUUGCACGCAGACGUGACCGUGAAGAACCCGAACAAGUUUGGAUUCAAGUACUCGAAUGGCACUGCAGAAGUUAGUUAUAGAGGGGAGAAGAUUGGUGAAGCUCCUAUCCCUAGUGGUGAAAUAUCUUCUGGGGAGAGUAAAGGCAUGAACUUGACACUCACUGUUAUGGCUGAUCGUUUUUUCAACAAUCCUCAGUAUUUCUCGGAUGCUAAAUCGGGUACAUUGCCCCUCAACACCGUGACCAAAAUUGCUGGUGAAGUUAGCAUCUUAGGCUUCAUCAAGUUUCAUGUGGAAUCUUUCUCAUCUUGUGAUUUUAGCAUCAAUCUUAACGAUAAAACAGUUGUGGAGAAGAUGUGCCACUACAAGAGUAAGAUUUGAUGUUGAUUUUUGUGCUAGGAUACGGAGAACGGAAAGAAAGGCAACUUUGACACACAACAACUUUCUCUAUUUUUUUCUAUCACAUCGCAUAUCAUAUCUCAUAUUUUUUCUAUCUUCUAUUCCUAUCUCUCUAUUGAGUGUACGUGUUUGAGUUUGAACAAACAAUUUUCUAAAAGAAAAAAACAAAACAGAAAGAAUGAAAAACAAUCAUUUA